GUUGUGGUGGCCCGCGGCGCGCGCACAGCACCGGGCGCAGCCGCCGCCGCCGGAGCCGCCUCAGCCGCAGCAGCGCCCAGACCGCCGCGCCUGCCUGUCCUCCUCUUCCUCCUCCUCCUCCUCCUUCCUUCCUUCCUUCCUUCCUUCUUCCUCCUCCUCCUCCUCCCGGAGCCCGCAGCCUCCUCGCCCCCUUCUUCCCCCCUUCCCGGACCCCGCGAAGAUGGUGGACCGCGAGCAGCUGGUGCAGAAGGCCCGGCUGGCCGAGCAAGCCGAGCGAUACGACGACAUGGCGGCCGCCAUGAAGAACGUGACGGAGCUGAACGAGCCCCUGUCCAACGAAGAGAGGAACCUGCUGUCCGUGGCCUACAAGAACGUGGUGGGGGCACGGCGCUCCUCCUGGCGAGUAAUCAGCAGCAUCGAGCAGAAGACCUCUGCCGAUGGGAACGAGAAGAAGAUCGAGAUGGUCCGUGCCUACCGCGAGAAGAUCGAGAAGGAGUUGGAAGCAGUGUGCCAGGAUGUGCUGAGCCUGCUGGACAACUACCUGAUCAAGAACUGCAGCGAGACGCAGUACGAGAGCAAAGUCUUCUACCUGAAGAUGAAAGGGGACUAUUAUCGCUACCUGGCCGAGGUGGCCACCGGGGAGAAGAGGGCGACCGUGGUGGAGUCCUCGGAGAAGGCCUAUAGCGAAGCCCAUGAGAUCAGCAAGGAGCACAUGCAGCCCACCCACCCCAUCCGGCUUGGGCUGGCGCUUAACUACUCCGUUUUCUACUACGAGAUCCAGAACGCGCCGGAGCAGGCCUGUCACCUGGCCAAGACGGCCUUCGACGACGCCAUUGCCGAGCUGGACACCCUCAACGAGGACUCCUACAAGGACUCAACGCUCAUCAUGCAGCUCCUCCGCGACAACCUAACGCUCUGGACGAGCGAUCAGCAAGACGAUGACGGCGGAGAAGGCAACAACUAGACCCCCCGAUGGACUGGCAGCCGCACGCUGAUGCUAACUACUGCAGUCUUUAUUUUUUUCCCACGAGUGGGGGGGGGUCAGGGGUGGGGGAGGGAAAGGGAGGGGACACCUUCCCAGGGAGGCCCCCCACAACCUGUCUUUGAUUGCCUCGUUGACAUUUUUGCCAAAACACCACUAGUGGAAGUCAGGCUGGCUGUGCUGGUAUGGAAUAGCAGCCUCACUGGCAUAUGGACUGUUCUGUAGAUUAUUAAUACAAGUGGAGCUGUCUUUAAUUUAACUUUAUUGCUAGAAAUAAAAGGGUUUUAAGACGAAUUCGCGUGGAUGGAAUGGCCCUCGUUUUUAAGGAAAGCAACGCAAAAACAUUAAAAAAAAAAAAGACAAAAACAAAACAAACAAAACACAAAAAAAAAAAAAAAAAAAAAAAGGGAGUUCUGUGGUUCCAGUAAGGCUUCGUGCGUUUGUUUCCGCAGUCCAGGUGCCGUGUGUGUCCGCACCACGUCACGGGGCGUCUCUCUGCAGCGCUCUGCCCGCCAGGGCACAGCCUCAAAUCCCCAAAUUGAGAAGGAAUUAAAAAUAAAACCAACAAAACCAAACAAUUUGGGGCUCACAAAGCCCCGGGAUUUAGGCCAUCCAAUCUUUUUCUUUUUUUUUUUUUUUUUUUUUUUUUUUUUUUUUUUUUUCCUCCUGUUAAGAUAUUUAUUAGGGUAGCUUACAGUAUUAACACUAAAUUGCAGUUUACAGUGUUUCUACAUUACAGCCAUAUGACAUCAAGCCUUUGAUUGUCUUGUUUUUCUUUCUUUUGCUAGUUCUUUUGGCUUGCCUUCCUGAGCAGUCCUGGCCUGUGGACUGGCUUUAGCUAUUCUGUGUCGCCCAAGGCAAGAAGAUCGCCCGCCCGAGGAACAUCAAAGCUGCUCUAGUUUUUUGGUCAACAGCUUAACAGGUGCUUGGCUAGCGGCUGUUUCAACUAUUUUAAGUCCACAGCAAAAGGUUUAAGAACUUAAUUAGACAAGGGGGAAGUGUUUAAACUUAAAGAAAAAAAUGCCACUUAAAUAAAAAAAAAAAUAAUAAAAAAAAAAAUUAAAAAAAAAUGAGCAUUCAGGUCUGUAUGUCAUGUACUGUGUUUGGUAUUUCAAAAGACCAUCCUGGUUUAAGGUGCCACAGCUGCUUCCUCAGGGAUUGCACUGCCAUUUCACUCUGCCUGACUUUCUCCCACUGUACCAUGAGGUUUGUCAGCAGAUCUCCAGCACCCAGGCUCCCUUGUUUGUCACCAGGGAAGCCAGGUGCGUUUUCCUUUCUCCUGGGGAAGCUUGUGGUGUAAUGAGUGAACUUCAGGAGCUUAGAAACUAAUUUGGUAGAGAAAUUCCUCAAGAGGAAGAGCUACAAUCAUAGACAUUUCUAUCCACCAUCGGGAGCCCAGGAACUUAGUUCUCUUCUUAGCAAAAUCUUUUCCAAGUCUGUCUGAUCUGGCUGGGGGUGGGGGACGGGGCAUCUGAGUUGCUUAGCAGGUAAUAUUUACCCCAUUUUGAGUAAGUUUAGCUUUGAUUUUGAUUUUCCCAUGGUUGUUGGAGGUUCACUGCUGCUCUCUGGCUCGCAGAGCGCUGCGCCCUGCGGCGCUUCUCCCAACGCUGUGCAGUGAGAGGAAACCGCACUCGUGCUUUUAUUCUUUAUUAAAUAGUGGUCUGAUUUUGGAAACAGGCUUUCAUUGUCCCUUUGAGAGUCAGCCCGACACGGCGUCGUGGUGUGGCACACACGGCACAGCCGCUCCUGCUGCUCCUGCUGCCGGGGUGUGCGGGGGGGACGCGGCUCCGGCUCCCUCCCCGCUGUCCGGCUCCCCGGGGAGCGAGCGGGGCCAGGCCGUGCUCAGCCCCCGGACACUGCCCCGGUGGUGCUGGAAUAGCUUUUUCUGGCCGGGAUUCAUCCACCCAAAGUCAGGCCCAGGCGCUUUGCAGGGAUUUGGGGUGCAGCAUCCCGCGGCGAGGGGCCCGCGGUGCCAGUGCGUGCCGGGACCGGGAGAUGCUUUAGGCUUCUUACCUCCCUCUCAUCAACCCCCGUGUCCCGUGAGCAGUGUUGUCCCAGCUGUACAAUUUGGAAGUGAUUUACUGGAAUUACAAAACCUAUCUUCUUUUUUUUUUUUUUUUUUAAAUUACUACUCUUUUUGGCUUUUGCUCUGGCUGCUUUAGGAAACUUAUGCAGGAGAGAUGGCACAAGAGGGCUAAAAACGGAGUGGGGGUCAGGGACUUGAUUUUUAAGCAGCUUGAAUGGUUUCUUUCAUUUUUUAAGAGAUGCACUUGCCUAUGAUACUGUCUCUCCAGUGAAAUGAUUACUGCUCCAUUACUCUAUUGAUACAAUAUUGUGCAUGCUAGUGUCGUAUUUCUAUACAGUAGCUUGAAAUUUAUUAACUUAUACUGUAGAUGUUAUGUAUUCCUAUGACAAAAUAGUCUUCAAAAAUUUUCUAAAGUUUUUUAAUUUAUUUUUCUUUCCUUUUUUUUUUUCGGGGGUAAAGUUUGCUCUACCAAAUAGUGAUCGUAACAAACUGAUCUGUUAUGGAUGUUGCUAUAGUGACAUGCAAUUAUAUAUGAUUUUGUUUUUAAAAAGGAAAAAAAAAAAGCAAAAGAAAACACCAGUGUUAGCUUAAUCUUAAUGUCUGGUGUUCGUCAUGGUGAAAUUAUAACUAUUACAGUGUAGGAGAACAAUGACUGUGUUCUUUGAAUGAGCCUUUGUUUGUGCUUUUUGUCAUGUUAUGCAGUGAACUAUUUUUAAGGUCUAAUCAGUGAUUAUUUUUCCAACUCCGUGUUUCUGUAAGGAAUUAUUUCACACACGGACCAUUCUUAGCAGUUUUUCCUCAGUGAUGGAAUAUCAUGAAUGUGAGUCAUUAUGUAGCCGUCGUACAUUGAGCAAAUAAACUUACAGAUCUGACGUCA